GUGGUACAAAUAUUGCUAAAGUAUUAACAGAACAUCUUGGAAGUCUCAAAACCAUCAAUGGAUAUCUAGUAGUCAGACAAUCUACUCCGCUGAUCUCUUUAAAUUUCUUCAAGAACUUGACGAGCAUAGUAACACGAGGUGGUGGGUUUUCUCCUAAAGAGUAAGUGGAUAAAAAGCCUUCUCAAAAUGUUGACACUUUGAAUUUCCUUAUUUGAACCUUCUCCUUCAUGCGAAACGCGGGAAGGAGGUAGAUCAUCAAAAAUUUACAUAGCAUGACAUGUUGCAUGCAAUAGCGUAAUUUUGGUCUAUUAGGUGAUGCAAUUGUAAAGUCGCUUUGCCCAACAGAAAGUGUAAGGAUUUUAAAUGAUCAAGAAAGAAUCUAAAGAUGCUGUAAAAACAAAAAAAGUAUGCGUGGGUCUGCUGGGGAAUCGUCGAAGACACCAUGCUCGUCCUCACUUGGUCCCAUGGGCCUAGGCGAAGGCACGUGACCACUUGGUGGUUAUGGAAGUAUGCUCCCCCAGAUAAUUAUGAAAUUUAGAGUGUCUAAAACGCCAUUUUAUGCACUUUAGGGGAUGAUUUUACAGAAUUCUGAUGGUCAGAAAACGACGUAUAGUAAAAUAGCAAAAUUUUGAAAAUUGCUCAAACUGGACUUCUUAUUUUUAUUCUGAAUUGUGAAAAUUCAUGGAAUUUUAAAGUGUACGAACCUUGUGUCUGAUUAGCCCCUUAUCUACCAUUGUCUUUAAAUGCUUCUGAAAUUCAUUAAUAAUCACCUAUUUGAUCACAAGAUGCCAUUUGGAUACUUGAUGAAAAUCACUAGUGUUUUCAUCAAAUAUCUUAAUUACGCAUGCAAAAUUACUUGAAUAGAAUUCCUAAUUACGUUAUGCUUGGUUAAGAAUUCUAUUCAAAUCAGCAAACGAAAACAUUCUUUUACGUCUCGAUUAAUUUGAGAAGCCAUAUAAACAACUCGAACUCGUGUCUCACCGGGAUAUCCAAACACUCGAAAACAAUGUAUGAAAACACUCGCGCUUCGCGCUCGUGUUCUCAUACAUUGUUUUCUCGUGUUUGGAUAUCCCGGUGAAACACUCGCUCUCGUUGUUCAUAUAUUACAUGAAAUAUGUUAACAAUUUUUUUAGUUAUGCAUUGGCGAUUUUCGACAACCCAAACCUGGAAUCGCUUUGGGAUUUUCAUCCAAAUUUCAAGAUCAUAGGAGGUGGAAGGAGUCCGGAAAAGGAUGGGGUGUUUGUGCAAUUGAACCCACGGCUGUGUCUUUAUAAUAUCUAUCCAUUGAUAGAUGAUGUUUUGAAGUUGAAUCGAAGUGACCCUGCUGUGGAUAUAUCUAAAACAACCAAUGGCAAUGCAAGAUUAUGUAAGUUUUUGAAGGUGGCGGCAUACUGUUUUCGAAUUUUAGGGUGUCUCUGGAGUGAAAAGGAUUGGGUAAACAAAAUUGUGAGUAAGUAAAAGGUUGGGUAAAUGAAAAACGAAACAACCCGAGGGAUGGGUAAUAAAAAAUAUUGUCAUUACCAUUAUUCUCGAACACUUGCCGUCUUUGAAACAAGAGGACGAUCGAUGUUUUUUUAUUUCAAACACGAACUGCUAACACCAUAAUUAACAUUUAAAUUAAGUUGGCAGGACGGCCUGUAUUAUCAAAAACCUCGUUGCUUAAGCUCUCUUUUUGUGUUCCUCAUGGAGACCGACAAUAUCUUCGAUACACGAUUGCUAAACCGAGAACAUAUAUCCUAGCCGCAUCAGUGCCAGAUAGUGUUAGAUUCUCGAGGGCGGAUUGGAAAACUGCAUGUGUUUGUGUCAGUUUGUAAUCAAUUAGUCUUCAACAUAUAGGACCGAAAGCAGGGCCUUUUUUACAUACAAGCUGGGGGAAUGCUCCCCCAGUCCCCCCUUGUGCCCCCACUAAAAUCCAUUUUACCCCUCCCCUCUCAGGAAAAGUCCCUUUUUCCUAAAUUUAUACAAACAAACCAGUGAAGAAUAACAAAUAGAUAAACGGAAAGUAAGUUUUUGGCUUUAUUCUUUGUCCUUGUUUAACAAAAUCGAUUUAAACUGGUAAUGGUAAUUAAUAGCUUUAUUAGCAUGACCAUAAAUUUACAGUAUUGCCAAAUCAUUACAAACAAUAUAUAGAAGAAACUAUGAUAAACUAGGACUAUUACAGAUUAUUAUUUGUGGAAUGAUUUAUAAUAGACUAAUACAAUAUUAAGAAGAAUUAAGAGGAAAGAAAGAAGACAAGUAUGCUAUUUACAAAUAAGGUGGUUAUUACAACCUUUGCUAAUCCGCAUUCCUGGUUUCAAGGUAUUUAAGUCUUUGCUUGAAACAUGAAUAAACAAAUUUUGAAAGUUUGGUUAUGAUUUCACUAUCAGUUGACUUCAUUAGGUCCGCUGAUAGAGUUUGAGAGUUUAGAUUAAUCUUGUCAGAUGAAGCAUUCUCUAAUGAACUUGGAAGGUUUGCACGAGAUUGCUCAUAGGCUUUGCAAGAGAAGAGGAGAUGGGUUUCAUUCUCCACCUCUCCUGAAUUGCAGAUUUUACAUAAGCGUUCUUCACGGGGUAUAUUUUGAUAGCGCCCGAUCUCAAUUUGGAGGUUAUGGUUGCUGACUCUAAGUCUUGAAAGACAUUUUCUUUUGUAUGGAUCUUUUAUAAAUACUAAGUAGUUUUCGAGGUUGUGGUUGUUGAGUAGUAGAAAGUCAGUUUGGAUGAAUUUUCAAGUUUAUGUCUCCAAAAUGUUAAGAAUUUUUCCUCAAGGGUUUUGGUAAUAGUUUUAAUAUGUUCAGUCGUUACGGCUUCUAAAUUAAGGAUUUCUUCAUUUAGAUUUAAAUUUUUGAUAGUAUCCAUUGGGAAGUGAGUUUAAGUAAGUGAUGUAUUUGAAGACCCUUUUGAAUACGUUAAUGAUGAGAGGGAGUUUUCCAAGCUCAGCUCUGGAGGCAAUGUUACUUGCUUUCCUACUGAUAGCGAGGUAAAUUUUACAGAACUUAAGAUGAACUUUUUCAAUUGGUGAUUUAUCCCAAUUGUUGAAAUCAUUUUUCACGUAUGUCCCCCAUAUUUCCGAGUUGUAUAGUAGGAUAGGAGCUAUAAUUGAAUCAAAUAUUUUAAUGGCAUAUUUGGGAUUGAGAUGGCUCAAAUUGAGCUGUCUUCUUAUACCGUAUAAAGCAUGCAAGGCUUUUUCGCUUAGUUGUUUUAGAGCUAGAGUAAAAUUACCAUUGUGAUUUAGUUUGACUCCUAGGUAAAAGUAUUCCUGUACGAUUUUUAUGUUCCGAUUUCCAAGAUUAAAACUUGGUCUUGCUUUUCUUGUUUUUCUUUUUUCAAAUACCAUUAUUUGUGUUUUCUUCAAUCGCAAAUUUAUCUCCAUAAGCCAUUUUUUUUACGUUUUUCUACUACUAAGUAAUGAUAAAUUAGUGUUAAUAUUUUUUUAUUUUUUGUGCGUUUUUUCCUUCUUUUAUUUCAAAUACAAGUGUAGUUAGCAUACAUUUUAGAGCAAAUUUGGAUGCUCAGACUUAAGGAAAUGCAUUUUUGGGCUUAAAAUUUAAAAAAUUUCGCAAGGUUAUAUACGAAACUUUGGAAUAUUACUAAUUUUGUGAUGCUCUUUCAAGCUGUGAUGAAAUUUUUGUCUAGACCAAAAUUUAGUCUAUAAUGCGAAUGGUCCAUUCUGUCGGCGAUUUAUCUCCUGGCAAAUGUGAUCGAAUGAAUGACAUGCAAAAGAUUAAGAAUUGUUUACUUCUGAAAAGCGACUCUAUACUUUCGUGUGCAAAUUCACUCAUUUGUACCCGUCAGAAGCACAAAAAUCUCCGACCGAAUUGCUAAUGUGAACUAUAUGCUUUAAGCUCGCUAAUAUGCAAUAAAACGUAUUAUAAUUAUUGUAAAACACCAUUUCUCCCGUUUUCUAAUUAUGAUGUCGUAAGGGACGCUCGGGAAAGUGUUAUGACGUCUUAGUGCCCCCCCCCCCGGCAUAUUUUUUACCCCCAAGCGUGAUACUUAGCUCCAAUACAUGAUUUUAAGUUAUUUUUACAUAUUAUUUAGGUAACGUUUCCUUGGUGAAUAUUACAAUAACACCAUUGAAAUGCCCCACGACAAGCCUUUGUGUUAGAGUCUCUUGGCCAAACAACUUGUCCAAGGAAGACUAUCGAAACGUUUUACUUUAUUCUGUAUGGUACAGAGAAACGUGAGUAUAAUAAUAAUAAUGGUAAUGAUAAUGAUAAUGAUGAUAAAAAUGAUAAUAAUGAUAAUAAUGAUAAUAAUAAAGAUGAUGAUAAUGAUAAUGAUGAUAGCCAUAGUGAUAGUGUUAACGAUAACAUUCUUCAUUUUGUAAUCAAUCAAUCAAUCAAUUAAAUAACACCUUGUUAAAUUCUGGUCAUUCUAGUCUAGACAAUUCCCAUUAUAGACUCAUUUUAGACUAGUUUGGUUGCAAAAUGUUGUAAAAUGUAGCCUGCGUACAGGCUCUUUGAAUUGAAUUAGAGCCUGCCGGUUUAGUCAAUAAGAAUACGUCUGUGCCCAUCACUAUUUAUAGUGUUGUCAAUCAAAUUAAAAUACAAUUAAAUUAAUGCAGACACGCCUUUAGUCCAGUUCUGGCCCCUGACCGCGCUCCUCCCACGCGGAGAAGGGUCCAGGGAAAACUGCAUGCGCAUGCUCUCAUGCGCAGUACCGAUUACCAGCUUUUCCUGGUAAUUGGAACUGCACAGUGCGCACGUUUUGAUUUGCAAAUUAUAGUAAUAUGGCGGCAGAGAAGUAUCGAAAGUUAUUUCCUUAUUACGAGUAUAAUUUCACAGAGGCCGUAAGUUAUGCAGUUAUUGCUUGUAAUUUAAUUUAUUUCAUUUUACGGAAGGAACAAAUACUCUAUACAAGGGGUAGAGAUGUUGUUAAUUUGCAGACUGGUUACGGAAAAAGUAUUUGCUACGCUUUAUACUUCCAUAGAACAGAGAAGUUCGGUUCACAAUCCAUAUGUUCCUAAACAGUUCACAAUCCAUAUGCCUAGCAUUCUCGCACGUUGCAUCCGACUUUAGUGAAAUAUCUCUAUCGAUAGAAGUCGACGUCGUGCUAUCUUGAAAAAUAUGCCCACCGUGGCCGGGCAUAUUUUUGAAGCUCGCCCGGUGUGGAUAUACACUCAGAGUAACACCACAAAUAUCAUAUUCACCUGAGUACACUACACGAACACAGAAAAAAAGUCGUGCUAUCUGUUUCAAAAGUCAACUUUUUAUUUAUAACCUUUUGACUUACUUGAAAAAACUGAGUUGAUCAAUAGGAUCAAUACAUCGUCUAACUUCAAUUGAAAAUAACCCAGUACUAACAUUGGGAGAAAGUAAUAUCAAACGCGUUUUUGAAAAAAACUUCACUUGGCUAGAUGAGUAAUUGAAGUGGGACAAACAUAAUGAUGCACAAUGCAAAGUAAUUUCAAAUAAGAUCGCCCUUUUGAAAAGGGCAAGAUCGUUUGUUCCCAGAGAAACUUUGAUAGAAAUGUAUAAUGCCUUGGUGUGGCCCCACUUCAAUUACUGUUCAACAAUCUGGAACGAUAGGUCUUGCUCGAUAAUUGAUAAAUUAUUUAAAUUACAAGAGAGCUGCGCGUGUUAUAACUGGGGACACGUACGAUGUUCGUUCCACACAAAUACUAAAUAAUCUUAAUUGGCUUCCAAUUGAGGAAUUUUUUAAAAAACGAGAAGUAAUAAUGACAUUCAGGGCAUUAACUGGUCGAUUACCUCAAUAUCAACAAUUACAAUCUAAGAAGUAAUCAAACCAAAUUGGCGCUUCCAAAACCUAAGGCCACAUAAAAUUUUAUAUUGGGUUUUUAUUGCCAUUUUAAACUGCCAAUUUCAAACAAAUAGAACCUUGAAAGAAAUUUCAUUGCAUUUUAAAGGAACUACGCAUUCAGUUCAAGGGUUCAGUCAUUGUUCGUGGAGAAAUAUGUUUAUUUCGGUUUGUGACACUUCGCUUUGGAAAUCACAGAAAUAUUAAAUGUUAGGAAUUACUUUUUAUUUAUUGAUAUAUAAAUUAUAUAAAUAUAAAAUAUAAACCUCCCGCCUCUUCGACAUUUUCAAAGUGUAGUGAUGAGAAUCAAGGAAUUUAUUUUAUGUGGCCUAAGACAAAUUUCCUCAAAAGGAGCUUCUCGUAUAUAGAGCUGCGAAAUCGUGGAACGAACUUUCAAGUGAAACCAUCGAAAAUCACAAUGAACUAUCAAUCUUAUCGUUUAAACGGCGAUUAUAUAAUUAGGUAUAAAAUUGAUGCCAAUAAUACUGACAGCCUAUACUUUGUAAAUAGUCUUUGUUUACUUGUUUAUAUAUAUUUUGUGUUUCAUAGCUUAGUAUAUUGAUAGAUACACGGCCCUUUGAAAACCAGUUUUGUAAAUAAUUAUCCACUGAAUAGGCUACCGUGUGUAAAUAAUUUUACUGGUAAUUAAAGAUUAAUUAAAGAUUACUUGACACUGUUGACUUUCUCUGUCCCACCUUUGGCAGUGUCGUUGGCUUUCGAAUUAGAAUAAACGCAGCUCUUUUUAAGUUUAGGAUUAGGUGACUUCCCUGUUGGUUUAUGGAGACGCUUUAUUUUGCCUUGAUUUACAUAAGUAAAGGUAUCUCUUAUAUCAUUUAUCUUCUUUAUCAACGUUUCCAGCUUUGACUUGUAGUUUCUGCAGCAAAUUAUAUAGAAUUCGUCGCUCCAUCUCCUCGACAUCAAUGGCGCAGUAUAAAGCUUGAAAAUAAUUUCCUAGUUUGGUUUUUCCUUUUGUGUUCGAAAGCACAGUUCUCCUUGUUGGAAGUGUAGUACUGCCACAGAUUUUGCAGGCUUCAAUUUCUUCAUUUACGGGGUUUUUUUUGGUGUCAAUACGACGUUUAUAUUCUCCAUUGGCAUUUAGUACAGUAAUGCGUUGUUUACGUACGUACUUGCAAAAUUCAUACGGUCAAAUUUUAUUUCCUUCUUGGGCGGGGCAAGAACUGGCUUUCUGUGAUUGGUUUAAUGAGAGCAUGCGCGUGCAGUUUUCCCUGGACCCUUCUCCGCGUGGGAGGAGCGCGGUCAGGGGCCAGAACUGGACUAACACACCUUAUGUAAACAAAACGCAAAUCUCGAUUACUUUUCAAUAUACUUUUGUAUUUGAGCGAAAACUUUUAAAAGCACUUGUCUUUCUUUCAAACAACCCUGAAAUUCCCUGAAGUAGCAAUAGUAAGCGAGUUCACAGCACCGCAACGACUUCAAUUUGAACAACUACGGCGUACUAGAAUGCUCAAGAAUGCAAAUUGUAGUCGCCUUUGUCUCAGAGUAAAGAUGCUAUUGUUGAUAUAAGAAGGUCGCCGUUGUAUUUGCCAAACUCUCUUAUACAGCAAAAACAUCGUUUCCGUCCAGAAUAUUGUUAAGAGCUUUUGACUCUCCACCCUUUAACUUUAAACAAAAAUUUAGUUUCUAUACAACUCGUCAAAUACAUUUUUAUCGCUAUAGAACGAUAUUUUUUACUUUGUGUCGACACCUUCAAUCUAUUGUUGUAUAAAUGUCAUUACCGUUUAUGGCAGUUAAUAACCAACUACUCAAUAUCAACCAAUGGGAACCCUGCGUCGUUCUAAGCAACGCACAGACGCGUUUUUAUUAGCUAGGCCUGCAGGCUCUCUCUCAAAUUUCAAAGAGAGUUCAGAUAGCCUGUCCGCAGGCUAUGUAAAAUGCGGAAUAUAUAGCCUUGAAAAUUUCGCAAAUUUUACAAAAGUAUACAAAAUUUGCAAAUUUUGCAACGCUAUAUUUUCCGCAUUUUACAAUAUUUCGUAACCAAACUAUGCAAUUUUAAUCAUUUUAGUAUAUAUGCUCUUUCUAGCUGUGGUGAUUUAUUCGCAUCUUCUUGUGUACAUAGUUUUAAAAAUUAGUCUAUAAUGGGAAUUGUCUAUUGGCCGAUUAUGAUCACGUGAUAUUGAAUAAAAAUUACUAUUUUGCUCAGCGCGCGUGCAAUGAAACGCAUACUAUAUUACACGCUCAGCCGUGUAUUUUUGUUCCAUUGCACGGUAAGGUUUUAAAUCAAUCAUUCAAAAUGCUAUUCGUACAGUAACGUAAUCGUUGCUUAUUUCACUAUUAUUUUCAUACUGAGACCCAUGGAAUUAAAACUUCAAAUACAUAAGUUGUGCGAACCAAAAUGACGGGUUUAAAAAUAUAAUAUAUUUUACUAUAAUGUUGAGUUAACUUAAAUGACCACCAUUAUAUUAUUUCUUCAUUAAAACAUUUUUGGCACUUUUUUGUUGGAUUUUAAUAUUUUUUUUAAUAAUGCACAUGUACAGUAACUGACGUAUGUAUUUGUUUUCUAUUUAAUAAAUUUAACUCACUUAAAAAUUCGAUAAAAUCCAUUUUCGGUAUUUUAGUGUCUUAUAGAACAAACAAUAAAUGUUUUCAUUUGAUGAAAGAUGGAAUUUUCCGUUCCACUCGGCCGUCGCUUCGUGCAAUGCAAAAUUCCAUCUUUCACCUUAUCAUUAUUCAUGUCGAUGAGUAUUCAUUGCAUGUGGGCUCAGUGAAACAUUUGACAACCGUGGGCUCAGUGAAACAUUUAGCCGAGAAAAAAUUUAGCAGAGAAAUGAAAUCGCUUCUUGUAACUUAUUUCCAAUCCACGUACUUGAAAAAAAUGCCCAUAAAUCCCUGACUUUCAUUACCUGAUGGCAAGUGAAUUUUAUUCCAACAACUAAUUUUCUAGCCUGCGAACAAGACUCUCAAGCUGAAUUGAGAAGCCUGUUCGCAGGCUACUAAUUUUCAUGUCUAACGUGCCCCAAACGCAAGUGGUUAAAAUUGUUACUUUACUGUUUUUUUUAUUCGUUAUUUAGCACAAGUACUGAUCUCAAUGAAUAUGAUGAUAUUGACGCCUGCAAUUCAGAUCAUGUGUAAGUUAUUUAUUCUGUUUAUUUCAAUCGAUGCAAAGUUAUGUGUGGUUUCUAUACUAGAAAGGUUUUUUAGGCCCCUUUCAGCGCCGCUCCAGUUAUGAGGCAAACUUAAUUUAAUGGGGAAUGGCAAUAUAUUUUUUUAUUUUCUCAUUUGAAAGAACGUUUAGGACUCUAUAUGAUAUUCUUUUACUGUUUUUUUUCAUAUCUUGUUUACUUCUACAAAAGGAAUGAAAAUUAUGAAAUGUUCGCCAUCUUCAUUUUUUGUAGGUAUGCAUACACGUCACAACGGGGGUCACGCGAUAUUUUUAUUUAGACAAACAACAAUCAUUUUGCAUUCAAAACUAUAACCUGUCUGCCCUUCGAAAUAUCAAGAUCUAUUCAAAACCUUUAAACAUCUACCAAUCAAUAUUGGGCCAGCAAGGAAUACUUUUAUAUGGUUAAUCACGGUUGUGACGUCACCAAAACUAACGUUAAAGGUAUGCUAUUACUAAUAAUACGUCUUCAAUUUUGUGUAGUUGGAAUCGCCAAGACGUUACAUCGCUGAGGCAGCUAAGAAGGUAUGCCGAAAAUUUUUAAGCGACUGUAGAUGGGUCUUAAAUUAAGCCGCUGUAUGCGUAGAUGUAUAUAGUAAAUUUUACACGAGCAAUAAACGACAUGAAACAUUGCAUUAAUGUAUUUGAUCAUAUAGAGGCAAAAUUACUCAAAUAGAUUGGCUAAUGAGAAGGACAUUUUUUCUUAAUUCAGGGCAAAAUUACUUGUACCUGAUUGGCUGAGACGCAAGCGCGGGAAGUUUCUUGUUUUCAAUAGCAAUAAAAACUAUGGCGUCUCGCUUUGUCGUCGCGGAUAAUGAUGUUAUUGAAGAAUUAAAAACUUCUAGUGAAAUCGUGAACACUAGAAAAAGUACAAAUUUAUUGAUUGGAGUAUUUAAAGUGGAAGUCAAGUCCCUAUGUAAACAAACGGUUUGUUUACAUUUUGAACUGCUGUAUUUUUUUAAAAUAUGAUGUACUGUCUGAAUAUCUAACACCAUUUUGGUUCGCUAUGCUUCUAAAUGAAUAUGAAAUAUAGUUUAUGUUCAGAAAAAUUCGAAACAUUCGAAAUUUGGGCAAUGUUUACAUUGGAGGGUCCUCACAUUGUUAUGAGCAGAACCGAUGCGCAGAACGGACUUGACUUCCACUUUAAGAAAUUGGCAGCCAGGGCAGCGCAUUAAGAAACAUCGGCGAAAAGGCGAAGACAUGGAGACGUACGAGGUUCAAGAACUGGACGAGUUCACAGUUAACUUACGAAUAAAUUUUGCCCUCUAUGAUUAACAAGUAAUUGCAUAGUUCCUGGGAAAAUUAAUGUUUAAUUUCACUUGUGUUUUCAAAGUUUCACAAAUUGCCCUCGUCGCUUUGCGACUUGGGCAAUUUGUGAAACUUUCAAAACACGCGUGAAAUUAAACCUUAAUUUUACUCGGCCCUAUACGAAGCGAGCACAGCCAUACGUAGUCUCCUAUGCAGACCUACUUUAGCGGGUUUGGGCCCGCCACGUACGGUCUGCUUACUUUCGCUAGCAAUUCGCCUUCCCAUUGUAUUCCAUUAGCCAAUAGCAUUCAAAUGCACAAGACACGCCCACUUUGAAUGUCAACUGCAAACUUGUAAAAUGUAAAUGUAAACAAGGAGCGUGCGAUAAUCGAAUAAUACGGUAUAUACGUAUUUAAGUGGCCAUAAAUGUGAACAGAUCGAGUUUUCUGAUCAAUAGCAGUCGAAGUAGAAAAUAUUGAAUAUUUUUCCGACGAAUGUACGCGAUAGGUCGAAGGCUUAACUGGUAAUACUUGUUUUGAACUUGACGCGACUGCGUGACGGCAUGUAUAUUCAAUAUAUAUAUAUAUAUAUAUAUAUAUAUAUAUAUAUAUAUAUAUAUAUAUAUAUAUAUAUAUAUAUAUAUAUAUAUAUAUAUAUAUAUAUAUAUAUAUAUAUAUAUAUAUAUAUAUAUAUAUAUAUAUAUAUAUAUAUACUAUUAAAAGAAAUCAUGGGCGUGAGGGAGUCUAUAUAUGUGAUAAAGAUUCAUGUUAAUCUACAUAAACUUUAACUUUGAUUUUCUCGGUUUAGACAACGUUUAUUUUUAAAAUUACUUCGCCAAUGAACUCAUAAGAUGAGUCGUUUUCGGCUCGAGUUUGUAUAUCCGAUACAACACGUCUGCUCAUGUUGUAAAUAGUACUAAGUUUCCGAACGUUAAAUAUCAGAGCGACUUUUGUAAUUACGAUUUUAAUUUGUUAAACUUUAUAAACUUGCUAGUCAUAUACAAACUUAGAAACCGAAAUAUGCAAUGAACAAUUCAGUAUUUUAUAUAGGCUGAAUUCUGUCGAGAAUUCUGUACUCUUCAAUUAGUACUUAUAAAUCUAUUAUCUACACCCGCAGUAAUGUACACUGUAUAACUUUAUAACUUUGUCUUGACGUCUUUGCCCAGUAUAGUACCCGUGUUACAGUAACACCUGCAAACGCUUGUAAAGUAAUCAAAACAUCGCGAAAUAUUUUAGGUGAUAUUGUUCGAUUUUAGUACACUGUCUGUUCAAAACAAUAGCUCGACAAAUUCUAACAGGUUUUACAAUUGUUCCAUAUUGUAAAUUUGUAGACUGGUUUAUGUAUAACAAAUAUAUCUCUCAGCUCUCGCAUAUAAUCGGUUUAAGAUAUGAAUAUACGUACAAAUGAAGAUAUGAAAUGUUCAAGAUUAAAUGUUUUGAAACUUUUGACAACUCAAGCCUCAAGGUCAAAGACAUAGUCAAAGGUCAAGCCCCACAAUUUUCGUGGGUAAAGUUGUGAUUGGCUAAUUUUGAGGAAAGGAAUUCUUGGCCAAAGUAAGCAUACCUUACGUGAGGGCUCAGCCCGCUAAGUAGGUAUGCGCAGGAGACUAAGCCAUACGCACCUUUGUCAAUUUUGAGAGUAAUUUCUGCCAUUAAUUUUCAAUUCAUGCAUGCCUGUAGAAACUGUAAUCUUUAUUUCUUCCUAUUAAUAUCACUCUGUCAGCAUUUUACAUAAGUUUUAUAAAAGGGUUUUAUACAUCUAAACAACGUUACAACACAAACUAAGAGUAGAGUAGUAAGUUAUUUGAUAUAAAAGUUUACCAAAAUCACAUACUCAUGGUCAUUUUUACUGGGAAAAGAGUUAUUAAAGUUUUUUUCUUUCAGUCAUACUAUGAGAUCAGUGCUGCGCGUUACCUACCGCAGGAACCAAUCAAAAUGCUGCAUUUUGCAGAUGGACCGCCUUGCCAUGUGAUAAAUAUAGUUAUUAUUUACAUGAAUCUAUGGUUAAUGCUCAUGCAGCAGCUGGAUUUAGUAAUCCUUUUGUUUAAUAUGAAGUUUGUAUAAUUUUAUUUUGGUUUGUAGAGAAACCAUAGUCAAACGUGUCGGUGGUUUGAAAGCUUACACGCAGUACGCAUUUCGUGUUGAAGCAAUUGUGAUCGCAGGCACGGGCAUCAAGAGUUCCAUCACUUACUACAAAACAAAACAAACAAGUAUGUGCAAUAUUCUGUUAUUUAUGCUUUUCGUGCUUAUGUUAUACCUUUGCACAUGUUUUAAUAUUUAUACAGGAUUUUGAAAGCAUUUAUGUUAACCAGUGGGUUCAUCGCCAACAACAAUUGCCAGUGUAGACUUUGCAAGAAAAGCUAUACCGUCCGCGUACAAAUGAUCUUGCCUUGUAACACCAAAUUCGCGAGCUUCCUAGAAUCCUUGCCAUCCUUGGGGGCAAAUUUCCUAGUAUAUUCAACGUGAUGUAGGUUUUUGAAAUAAAUACGCAUAAAACGACCGUUCGUUAUUUAUAUCCUAUUAGGUGUGGUGGGAAAGUAUUAAACUGGAAGCAUUACAAUAUGCAUGUCAAAGUAUUGAACUGUUCAUUCAUUAUCAGUUGUGUUCCUUUCACUUAUAGCCACAAUUAUAAAAUCGUCAUUAUUAAAUAGUUGUUGUACUAACAUAUUUUAUCUCCAGUGUGAAGCAAAAUAAAGAAAGGUUCCGCACACUUAAGGAUUAUAUUUUCUACCCAUGGGACGUACGGGCCUAAUUUUGUUUGGGAGGGCACAAUAUAGUUUCUCCGAACAGACAAAUUGAACAUUCAUUCAUAUUUUUCCCCAAAAUUUUUGGCGAGGGGGGGGGGGUGACCAAAAAUUUUUUCUCAGACAUACCAAAAAAAAUUUUCCAGACAUACCAAAUACUUUUCCACAAACAUACAAAAAUUUUGGCGGACAUAUCAAAAAAAUUCCCCUAACAUUACAUAAUUUUCGCAAAGAUACAAAAAAUUUUUAAGGACAUUUCGAAAUUUUUAUGCCCGAAUGUUGCAUUGAUUUUUGACCGACCGUAAAAAUUUUGCGUAAAAAUUACGCCUAUGUUUCUACCGUGUGGAAACUAAGUGUUUUUGAGCCCAACUUUUUGCAUAUUCAAAUGACGAUUGAACAGUUGAAUACUUUCAUAUGGAUUCUUGCAAUAGCUGUUAUCGUAAUUGAACACGUCUAUGCUAUGGACCAGCGGUAUCUGCAUUAUUUUAACAUCGAGACGAGGCUAUAGGAUCAUGUUAUGUGUUUUUUGACCCUUUAGCCUCGUUUUCGUGCGUACUUCCACUGAGAUACCGCUGGUAUGCCGCAGCGGCGUAUUCAAUUACGAUAACAGCUAUUCUUCCAGUCUCAGUUACAUGUUUUAGUUUGAGUGCAACUUAUCCCGACACAGAGCUCGCGGCUUGCGCAAAGUUUUAAAUAUUUUUGUAAAAUGAAGGGUUCCACAAUUAAACAAGAGAGGUUCCGUACAGACAAAAGAGCUAGGUAUUUCUCAACGGAGUUCAGCAUGUUUCACAAACCACUCCCUUGGACUUUAAAAUGUUUAAUAAAAAUGCUGCAUAAUGUUUGCUUUUCUACUGGAUAGAUUUUAGUGAUUGGUAAAGGCUCGGGAAUGGACCAUUUGCAUUAUAGACUAAAAUUUGAUGUGGACAAAAAUUUCAUCACAGCUUGAAAGAGCAUUACAAAAUUAGUAAUAUUCCAAAGUUUCGUUGCGAAAUGUUGUAAAAUGCGGAUAAUAUAGCCAUGCGAAGUUUGCCGUUUUUCAGUCAUUUUGUAUUACGCGGGUGUUGGGGCAUCAAUUUCCCGUUUGUAAUACAAAAUGGCUGAAAAUUGCAAAUUUAGCAAGGCUAUAUUAUCCGCAUUUUACAACAUUUCGCAACGAAACUUUGGAAUAUUACUAAUUUUGUGAUGCUCUUUUAAGCUGUGAUGCGGAAAUUUUUGUCUGGAUCAAAAUUUAGUCUAUAAUGCAAAUGGUCCAUUGGUUGAGUAUAAAUGUUUGUUUCCACUGUUUGUUUCAGAACCGUCAGUGCCGCGAAGUCUUGAAGUUAGUUUCCUAUCGUCAUCUUCCCUACAAGUAAAAUGGAAGAAGCCUUUCUUCCCCAACGGCGAGAUCACACAUUACGUCGUGAGAUAUCAUGAAAGUCAGUCAUCUUAUUUGUGGAAUAUGAAAAUUAACUGGUGUAAAAAUAUAGAUUCGUCCAUCAAUUUCAUUCAGAAAAGAGAAGAGAAGAAUGAGGGUAGGUGUGAAAUUGCUAUUUAAAUGUCGUUGCUAUAGGGCGCAGUAAAACAUUGCUUAUAGACUACAGCAGAAUUUACGUAUGAUCACACACCGGUAUAAUAUAUCAUUUAUAGACCCUCCGCUCGGCUGAUUCGGCGAAAUAUUAUCCGAAUUGGUGAUAUUUCCCGAGGGGCUUUUCCCUGUGGGGGGAAAUGUCAUCGCUGAGGGUAAUAUUUCACUUUGUAAAACUCGUUAAUGAAGAAAACACACGAGUUUGUCCAUCUGAUACAAAAUCAUGCUGAUUUACAUGAACUUUAAGUUCAAUCUUCUCACCAAAUAUGUAACUUGUUGAAGAGUACGAAUGUUCUCAUCAAGACGUAGACUUUCCUAAAGUCCUUUCCAGUUUUUUUUCGCGUUCGUAAGUACGCUGGAAAGGACUUUUCUCACUUGCAGCGCGCCAAAUCUACCGGUGGAUUCUUUGACCGGGGUGUGAUUGGGGGUGUCAUUAUUCUAGCCAAUAAAAGCAUAGAAUAAAGAUCCACAUAGAAGGGCAACUUACGUCGGAAGCUUUGAAGUUUUUGUCCUCGCGCAUGUCGCAUUACGCAUGUUGGCCGCCAUUUUCCUAGCCAGUCAAUGACAUUUUCUGGCCAAUAAACACGCUGUACUGGCUGGCUGCUCCGCCUUCUGGCCAGUAAACUGCAUAUUUUUGCAUAAAAAAACGAGGACACGUUGCACCGCUGAGUUGCCCUUCUGUUACUGAUCUUUAUUCUGUGAUAAAAGCGCAUAUAUAAAUUAUUUGAAUUAAUUAUUCAAAUAUCGUUACAGUAAUUAGGCUUUCGACUUAUUUAAUACAAAUAAACAAUAAAACAAAGUCAUUUCAAAGUAGAAAAUAUGGUUAGUACGUAGUUCUUGAAGAUGCAAUGAAAUAUUGGCAACAGAGGCGAACUGUUGUUUAACUGAGUUAAUUUUCUAAACUAAAGCGGCAUUUUUGCCCCUACAAGAACGGCAAACAACAUUUGUUAGAAUGUUUAAUAACAGUGUAGUUUUACUACAAUGAACUGUUCCAAUUAUUGUAAUAGUUCAAUGUUUUCGCAGACAUUCGUCUUUUUAUGUCCAGGAAAGAAUCGCCGUCGCUUAUCUACAUCUUCCAUGACCAUGUCUUUGCCGCAUUGUAAACACAACGUGUCAUGGAAUUUGGAGAAAGAUCGUCUUGAAAAUAUAGUCAUAGAAAGAAGUAUAAAUCUACCGUAAAUUUAUACGUCAUUUUAGUCUAAAUUGAUAGCAUUUUCGCUUAUGUUAUUAACAGUUAUUGUCAUUAGAAAUUACUCUGUUUUCAAAUUUGAGCCGAGCGGAAAUCUACGAUCGAAAAGUCAAUUAGGAAAGUCUAUUUACAAAUUGAGCUGAAAUGGACAACUUUUGUGAAACUUACAUGUACUAUUACAAGACGAGCGGCCGUGUUGUAUUGGAUAUACAAACUCGAGCCGAAGGCGAGAGUUUGUAUAUCCGAUCAUGGAUAAUAAAAUAAAUGGAUAGGAAACUAGCUGACGUCACCUAAUGUUUUCAAUGGGCUGAUGGUGUGGUUCGAUGUCCCAACCUAGUUGCAAACCAAAUUCUCAAAAACGGCCUGUUUAGCAAUAAUACAGCUAAACAUUUUAGUCAAAGAUCAAAUAAAUAUAACCACACCAUUCUACGAUGAAAACUCUAAGUAUUCCCAGACAAUGUUAGCAAAUAUUUCAAGCACUAAACAGUGAAAAAUACAUCGCAAAUUUCGUUAAAAUUUGUGACGCCAAUUUCGUAGCUAUAAGUGUAAAAAAAUACAAAACAAAGACGAAAAACAUUUACCUUGAAUACUUUGUCGUGGCUUAGGCAUGUUUUUGAAACCAUUAGACCAGUUUAUGCUUCAAUAUCACCCUUUUAAAGUGGAAAAUAUAGCAAAACAACAAAAAUGCCGAGAACUUUGGUAAUAUUCGCAAUACGCGUGACGUCACGUUUUUCAACAAGGAUGAGGUCAAUGACGUCAGGAAGUUUCCUAUCCAAUUAUUUUACAAUCCAUGAUCCGAUACAACACUGACGCGAAUGUUGUAAAAAAACGACUCAUCUUAUGAGUUCAUUGGCGAAGUAAUUUUAAAAAUAAACGUUGUCUAAACCGAGAAAAUCAAAGUUAACGUUUAUGUAAAUCAACAUGAAUCUGUAUCACAUAUACAGAUACGACACGCUAGGCUUAUGAUUUUUCUUUGUGUUUUCUUAAUGAAUUAUUAAUCAGUUUUUUAAGCGUAAUAAAUAACUGCAAGAAUUUUCGCGCCAGAAUUUUUAAUCAGAUCCAAAUUCCUGCAAGCGAGACAAGUGGAUCUCGCGGCUUCGCCGCUCACCGCUCGUUAUUCGAGAUCGACUUGUGGGCAAGUCUAAUCAAGACGUUUCACAAGCCAUUUACAACAUUCGCAUCCGUGUUGUAUCGAAUAUACAAACUCUCCCCUUCUGCUCGGGUUUGUGUAUCCGAUUCAACACGGCCGCUCAUUUUAUGCAUAGUACGAACCCGCCUCGCUCCGGUUCGAUCUUAAAUGAUAAUACGAUCUUAAAUCUUAUCUGUCUGAUCGUAAGCAAAGGUGCUUCGUGAAUGAUACACUAUCCAGUAGCCGUUCUUAUACUUAUGGUGUUCCGCAAGGGUCAAUAAUUGGACCUCUUUUGUUUCUGGUCUAUAUUAAUGAUUUGCCAAAUUGUAUGAAUGACGGUUUAGCAAGAAUGUAUGCCGAUGAUACUAACAUAACUUUUCAUGGCCAUGAUCUUUCUGAGUUGGAAGACGCAAUGAAUGCGGAAUUGAUCAAUCUGAAUACCUGGCUACAAUCCAAUAAAUUAAGUCUUAAUAUUGCAAAAACCGAACUUAUGGUCAUUGGCUCCCGUCAGAGACUUGCAACCUUCAGUGAAACCAACGAUUUAAAUGUCUUUGUAGACAACAAAAAGAUCAAAAAAGUUCAAUCUACAAAGUCGUUAGGUCUAACAAUCGACGAGCACUUAAGGUGGCUCCCUACAGUUAUUCUUGUUUAAGCAAUAAUUACGUAAAACAGGCUUAUUCGUGCAGAAAGCGAAUUCUUUUCGACUUGGUGGAAAUAUUGGUCACCUAAGGAAUAUUUCGAACUAGAUUUCGACGAUGUCAAUGUUCCCAUGGCAACAUGACGACAGCAUAAAGCCUUCCAAUUUAACCCAUAAAUGUACCGCUAUCUCAAAAACGAUGUCGGUGACCUAUCUUUUUUAUUUCAUAUAUCAAUAAGGAAUGAUACUCUGCAACUGUGGUGAAAGUUUAAAAAAAUUAUGUAGUGUGUGAUUUUUUUAAAAGCGAAAAAUUUAUUGCGAAAUUUCCACACUACAGAUUUUUUUAGAAUUUGAAAUUUAUAAAAUUUACCGCAAAAUAAAUUCGUGGUGAAAAUUUGAAGAUAGGUCACCGAUGAAACUAAUGAGUAAAAUGCAUAUAAAGUUAGAAAAUAGCCUCGUGUAACUCGAGAAAUUCCCCUAUUGAAAAGCGUCGCUGACUAGUAAAAGAUUGUACGCGGGCGCAGAACGAGUUUUCAUUCAGCAAAAUCGAGCGGAAAUGUUGUUUUUACUGUUUUGUUUUUGUCAACUUUUCGAUUUAUUUGAGUGCUAUAGACAGCCAAGGAUUAUUGUGUAGGAUUAAAUCGAUGAAAACAAGGUUGAAGCUAAUUGAAUCCUGCCGUUUACUCAAUCUAUGAGCUGUAACAGCCUAUUAACAGGUGGACGUGUUUUCCUGCUUUAUGUUUGGUUUUGUACUUUUUGCUAAAAAUGAACAAUUAGGCUAUGAAACUGAAAUAUUUUUCUGUUUACAUAUAAUUACUUUAAUCUUGUAGAAACUCGACUAAAAACGUGAACGUUUUCUUGAGAAGUAAACAACUUUUUAAACGUUUGUAUGCAAUUUUGCAAAUGUUUUACAGUUGAGUCAGUUGACAGUGUAUAAAAAAAUUAAAAAUCGUAGCUAUUUUUUGGUCUAGUGAUAUUCGUAUCAUAUGUAGAAUUGCUGUAUAGACUCGCAAGUGAUUUGGCACUCAAAACGAAGUAUCAUUCAACACUUUUUUCCAUUAGAAACCUUUCAGAAAUAGCUUUAUUUUUAAAAAAGCAUGGUCAAUUUUUGUUUUGUUUUGAUCAUGCAGUUGCGUGGGAUAGUUCGCGUACUUGUCCCGCGAACAUCCCGCACGGAACUGUAGGGAGCCUCCUUAACUUGGAAAAACCAUAUCAAUAAUAUUACCAAAAAAAUUUCGUCCGGUAUUAGUGCUCUUAAGCGCGUAAGACCUUUCAUCAAUAGAGAAACGGCUGUGAAGGCAUACAAGGGCCUGGUCGAGCCCUAUUUUACUUAUUGCUCUCCAGUGUGGGAUGGUAUUGGUUUAAAACUGGGUGAGAAACUACAAAAGCUGCAAAAUCGUGCGGCUAGGGUAAUGACCAGGUCCUCGUAUGAGGUUUCGUCAGCAUCCCUACUUUCUGAGUUGGGAUGGAGUGUUUUGGCAAAAAAUCGCAUGAAGCAAAAAACUAUCCUAAUGUACAAAGUUAAUAAUAAUUGUGCUCCUCAAUACUUGCAGCAGUUAUUUACACCCAAAGUGAGCAAUCAUGAUCUGAGAAAUUCUCUAAAUAAAUUGUCUGUUCCAAAACCUCGAACAGACUAUUUAAAACGUUCUUUCAGCUACAGUGGUGCUUCCCUGUGGAACAGCUUGUCAGAACAGCUCAGAUCAGCCCCUUCUCUCAAUUCAUUCAAAGUCGAAUUGACAAAUUUCCUAUAGUAUACUGACUAUAUGGACUCUUGCACGGCAAUCAUGUAAAACAGUAAUUAUUAUUUUUAUCUUUUGACUAACAUUGUAUAUAUUUAAAUUUGUGUAUUUUAUUCUUGUACUGAUGAUUCUUCCGUGUUGAAAUAAAGUGUAUGUAUGUAUGUAUGUAUGUAUGUAUGUAUAAAUAUCCAUAUUAUUAUUAUUAUAUUGUUUAGGGACAUCAAUGAACAAUUCCUGUCCGGUCAAUAGAACAUGUGACUGUGAGAAUGAAAAAAAUACACAAAGCACCCCUGAUCUACAGGAAGCGUUAUUUGCCAGAGACUUUCAAGACACAAUUUUAACAACAGUCUUCACAAAGAAUGACGAUAAUGAUAAAUAUAGAUCUACACGUCGCCCUACGACAAUGACGUUACCAAAUGUGGUUAGAAAUAGAACUACGUCAGUUUCACAAGGAUGUGAUAAUAAUAACAAGGUAAGAAUUUUCGAUGGACGAGGUUUCAGUAGUCCGUUGACUUCCUAUUCAAUUAGGGACAGUAAAGGCCGUUUCCCACUAGACGAAGAAAUCACAAAACAAAGAAAAAUUUCGCUCCGCACGCAAAAUUCCGCCUAGUGGAAAACGGCCUUAUGCCGGUUUUCCACUAUAGGCGAACUCGUUCACGCGAAACAACUUUUUUGCUUUGUCGCCAUCGCUUACAGGGUUCGUAGCGUUCUUUGAAAUCCUUGAAAGUCUUUAAAUUGGAAUGCAGGUCUUUGAGGUCUUUAAAAAGUCUUUAGAUUGUGUGAAAAAAAAGCGAAGAAAGUCUUUAAAAGUCUUUAAAUUCUUUAGUGAGGAAUUGAUUAUACGAUUUCCUAGCUAAUAAAAUAGAUUGAUUGAAUCAAGAUUUUCGCCAAUAUCGACGAAAAUGCGCAUUUUAGGAUGUGAUUUGACGGGACUAAUUACCGAGUAAAAAUAGUGCUCACACUCGCAAUUUUUCGACAGCUGAUUGCUCUCAAAGGUCUUUGAAAAGUCUUUCAAAAUAGGCAGAAAAAAUCUUUGAAAGUCUUUGAAUUUUUUUGGUCUUGGAGACUACGAACCCUGGCUUAUCACUUAUCGAAGUUUCUUCGCGCGAACAAAUUCACUAGUGAAAAACCGGCUUUAUAGAUACUGUUUUUGUCGUUCAAACGGCAAACCGCAAGGAACCGCAUGAUUAAUGUCUAACGGUUUUGUUUGCCGUACAUUUUAAGCCUGGUUCACAUAUGCCUGCGGCAUGCCUGCGACUGUAUCAUUAUGCCUCUACUUGCCGCCGAAAUACCGGCAAAGUUGAGCUCAAGUCAACUUUCCCGGCCUACCGCCGAUGUAACUGAAGCCUGGUUCAAGCCUGGUUCACAUAUAUGCCUGCGACGUGCCUGAGACGUACCGGCGACGAUGCCGGUGGUAGCUUAAAACGUAAAUUAUGUGAACAUUUGUUCACCGAUUGCCUCCAGUGCCACAGUUACAUCGGCGGUAGGCCGGGAAAGUUGACUUGAGUUCAACUUUGCCGGUAUUUCGGCGGCAAGUAGAGGCAUAAUGAUACAGUCGCAGGUAUACCGCAGGCAUAUGUGAACCAGGCUUGAGGCACUGGAGGCAAUCGGCGAACAAAUGUUCACAUAAUUUACGUUUUAAAGCUAGCACCGUAUCGUCGCCUGUACGUCGCCGGUACAUCGCCGGUACGUCGCAGGUAUAUCUGUGAACCAGGCUUUAAACGUUUUUGACAGCUGGAGUGAUAUUUUCGUAGGUCAUUUCUCUCAAGCUUUUGUUUCUUUAAGGUGGCGCGAUAGGGAAAAAAAAUGUUUUUGAAAAUGUUAUUUUCAUGCCUUAAACUUUGAUAUACAACGGUUUUUGUAGGCAGAAAUUCAACUUCUGCUUCGUGUAUUAACAUGUCAUAUUUUUAUGUUUUGCAUUUUUUAUGUUUGUAAUUUAUCACCCAUGCACAGACAGUUUAAAUUAAAUAUCUUUGAAAACCAUUAAAACUUGCAGCGGUUCGUGGUUUAACAUCGAAGGAAAAAUUUAAAGGCUGCAAUUUAAACUGCAAACAUAACAACACGAAAUUAUUUUUAGAAUUCUUCAUGCUCAACUGCAUCUCCAAAGACUUUACCAACAUCAAAUCCUGCCACAGUUAUGUCGACAUCACCUCAGCCAACUGCAGCUCCUGCGAUCACACUAAAUACCACUUCACAGACCAUAAUUUUGAAGGAAUUGAAAUAUUUUACAGAUUACACUGUCGAGGUAUGUUGUAUUUCUAUGGUUGUAACCAGCUCUCAAAAGUAAUUACAGUCAAUGUAACGUUCGUCGUAAGGCCAUACGAGCCCAACUAACUGGGAAACUCGCCUGAGUGAGAUUCGCUUAAUUGUCAUUUGUUAACGCUUAUAAAAUACGCCUUUUCGUGGUUUCAAAACACCGUCUUGCCAAGUGGGGCAAACACAAUAGAGCAACAAUACCAUGACCCUAAGGACAAGUAUUCCGAUUGGGAGUUUGGGACGAGGCAAAACAGUGUUUCCAAAAAACCCAAAACUAUUGAGAUAACUUAUUGUUAGAAUGUGAAUACCCUAGCACCAUGGAUUGUAAAAUAACUGGAUAGGAAACUGUAGUCACGUGACACGUUUCCAUCCCGCUGAUUGGCUUUUUUGCUCAAGAGAUGUUGAAACCUAGUUGCAAAUCGUGAUGUCAACAAUGACGAAUGAUAUUGCUGAGAUUCUGCCUAUGCUUUUGACUGAGAUUUUGUUUACCUUCUCAUGUUUUUUUUCUUGAAAAUGUGUUUGCUCUUGUUUUUUUGCUAUUUUACACUGAUCUAUGGCCAAAAUGGACCCGCCUAAGCCACACAAAAACUCUUAAUGCAAGUGUUCAUCUUUAUUGUUUACAUUAUUGUCAGUUUACAACAGAGAUAAUUGCGUCCCCAAUAGCAAUUGCGACGCAUAUUUAGAGUAUUUAAUCUGUGUAUUUUUACCCAUAACAUACUUCAACAAGUAGAUUUGUCCUUUUAUUGUGGCUUAGUCAUAUUUACAAACAUUAAGCUUGGUUUUAUUUUGUUAUUUUUUCGAUUUUAAGUUGUGUUUUGAAAGCCAAUUUGCAACUAGGUUUAGACUGUGACGUCACGAAGUUUCCUAUCCAGUUAUUUUACAAUCCAUGCUAGCAUUAAGCUGAACGCAAAGAUGCGUCAAAUAUUGACAGGGUGCAUAUAUUAACUAUUGACUUAUCUUUGUAAAGCGCACGUUAUCUGCUAGAUCUUGGGAAUUUAAAGCAGCUUCUUAAAUUCUAAAAAAGAAUAAUUUCGCAAAAAUGAUCGGUUCGGGAGAAAAUGCACCAUAGAACAACGUCAUUGUUACGUAUUACAUAAAUCUCUCUUACAAACAUUCUUUUAAACAGUUUCUUUAUGCACAAAAUUUACUUAUGUCAAUGUUUUAUGCACUUGUGGGAGUUGUGGGUUCAGCAGAGUGCUGAGGCAUUCAAAUUCUAACAAUAUACGUUAUUUCAAUAGUUUUGGGAUUUUUUGGGACAUCCUAUAGACAACUCACAAUACCCAAUUCACAACUUACUUUAGAUAACUCACUUGCCUAAUUAACAUUAGUAUAAACCUACUAAUAGGCUAUUAUGCAUCGUGUGUUCUGAUUGGCUACGCUACUAGUAGGCUAUUAGUGAUAGCCUACUAGUAGCAACAAGCGGCGAAGGGCGCGAGAAUCUCAAUGGCCUUUUUAAAAAAGUUUAAUUAUUAAAAGCUGCAUUUGAAGGGAAAUUUUGCGUUUUGAACAUGAAAGUGACAGGCGAUUUUGUUUGUUAAUAUUCCAACUACAAUCGUUGAAACUCAACAAUAGCUCGUAGCUUGUGCUUGUUUUAAGUACGAGUUCAUUCGUGAAAAGAGUUUUUUCGUUUAUUAGAAUGUCGAGAUUUUGGCCGAGUUUUUCGAUUAAAUUUUAAUGUAAACUUCUGUCUCUGUAUACUAGAGAUAGAAAUGGUUUGCCUCUUUAUUUUUCCAGAUAUUUUAAAGAUUUUAACGACAUUCGGAUUCUUUUGCGUGCAUUUUUCUUCGGCUUUUUAACGUAAACUUUAUUUAGUAACAUUUCGGGAAGCCAUUUUGUGUUUGAAGUUUUGGACCUUUUAAGCCUUUUCCUUCUUUUAAUUUGCCAAACUUUGCUGGUAUAAGGACCCCUUACUAUUAUACUGUUUACGACAGGUUUUGCAACUUUUUUAAAACUCACAAGUCGUAUUUUUCAAGUCAUUCUUGGGAGUUCGCAAUGUUGAUUAGUUGUCAAUAAGGCCGAGGCGAAAUGUCGCCAAAUGCAGCCAUUUAAACGCUCAUUUCGUUAAAAAGUUAUUAUUUUACAUAAAAAAUCAAUUUUAAAAUUCAGUUUUGUUUUUGUAGUUUAUACUAAAACAAUUAGACAACUCAGCCUCGUUGUCUCUGAGCGAAUAGUCAACCCGGCAAAGUGAAAUCUCAACAUGAGCUACAGUACGUUGGAUCUCAGUCAUGUGAGACAAAAAUUUCCAUAUGAAGGCCUUAUCCACCCGCAUGGCCGGGAUGGACAUUUUUUGCCGAUUUUAACUGUAUAUAAUACCACAGAUGAUAGAUUAUAUACAAAAGUACAAUCCAUCAUCUGUGAUAAUACUAUUGAACGCCAUAGCUAAUUGGAAAAUAGAAACAAAAAAAUAACAUAAUAGACUUACUGUCGUUCCAAUUGAAGUGUUGCUCAAAUAUUGAUUCAAUACAUUACCUCGGGCUGACCAAUUCAUUUGAUCAAGUUCCACGAGAUAUUCAUACACUUCCUGUGAAAGAGCCAAUUCCAAGUAUUUGAUCAUUUCUGGUCACUUCCUUUCUAUUUAUGAUUGGUUAGUUGCACAAACAACAAAAGUGAUUGGUGCAUUCAAACUAUUCAACAGGAAGUUUACAAUUAUACUAGGAAGUGUAUGAAUAUCUCGAGGAACUUGAUGAAAUGAAUUGGUCAGCCCGAGGUAAUGUAUUGAAUCAAUAUUUGAGCAACACUUCAAUUGGAACGACAGUAAGAAGACACCAUUAAAGUUGUAAUACAAGGUGCAGUUUGUUUAAUCACAACGGACCAGUAAAGCGGAUUUCGACUUUUUACGUGCGGCCAGACUGAGGUUCGUGUCAGGAACCUCUUGAUUUUCGCUUCCAUCCAUCCGAAUUGGAUUGAAAACUGUGUUUGUAUCUGUUUGUGGUAAUCUUCAACACAUAUGACAAAACAAAAGAUUUUUAAAGUUUCUUGCUUGCUUGCACGAGCGCGAUGAUGCAGUAUGCCACCAAAAUAGUUACACCAAUCUUCGGGUGACGUGCGUGUUGACAAAUAUGUCGCUUGCUUAAGCUCGCUACUAUGUUACAGGGAUGUACAAUUAUCAUUUCUAGACCUGAAACGAGGGGGAUUCGGCGAAAUUUAAUAUUUCCCCCGAGCGGAUCGGUCUAUAAAUGAUUGAAAUAUAAAGUUGAUAAUAUAAAACUUGCCACGUACCUCGUGAAUACGAUAUUUUCAUUUCUGGAUUAACGCAAGUAUCUUUCGAAUCACAUAUCAUUUGGAAUAUUGAUGAUAACAUUUUUCAAAAUUUGUUAAAAACUUAAUGAUUCAUCAUUCCUUUGUAUAUUUUGUCGGCCGUCUUGUUUGUGUAAUCGCCGUGCGUGGUUUACGCGAAUUAUGUCACCCGGGAUCAAAUCACCUUGUGAUAUUAUCCAAGUCACCCGCUUACGUCAAAUACGAUGACAUAAGGCGCGAUUCGAUGAUAAAUUUCAUGCUCACGUGGCGCAAACUUAGCUUUCUGAUUGCACACUUUGAAUUUGAAGCAUAAUAUUAACCAAUGUGCAUAUUUUCCCAUUUGUUAGGUGUGUGCGUGCAACGUUGGUGCAGGUUGUGGUGAAAACAGACUGUUUAGAAAACAAUGUUCUACUGCCAUUGGACGAACAGAAAAAAAUGGUAAGUAUACUUUUAUAAACCACUUAAUCAUAUAUAGUCUUGACCGCGCAUCCAAAUGACGCAUUCUGAUUCGGGGUAAAUAGAUUAUUCCAGCUAUAGUCUAAAUUUUGAACCAUACAAGAAGGACGAAAUCUAUCAUUAUAGCUUAAAAGAACAUCCUUAAAUUAAAUUGGUAAAAUUGCUAAAUUUGGUUGCAAAAUGUUAUGAAAUACGGAACUAAAUAUAGCCCUGUGAAAUUAGCAAAUUUUGAGUAUUUUAGUAUUACGCGCGGAAAAAUGCACCACUUUUGAGCCGAAAACGAAAACUAAUACUAUAAAAUACUCGAAAUUUGAUAAUUUCACACUAGGGCUGUGUUUUUCGUAUUUUACAACAUUUCGCAACCAAACUUUGCAAUUUUACUAAUUUUAGGAUGUUCUUUUGAGCUAUAAUGAUAGAUUUCGGCUUUCUUGUCUAGAUAAAAAAUUAGUCAAUAGCUGGAAUCAUCCAUUGCAGUUGAAAUAUAUACCAUGCAGGGAACUUUACUACGCAUUUCACUGAUAUGUGCAUUCCGCAUUUUUUUCUCGCUUCCGAACGGCGUUCGACGUUCGACGCAGGCCUGGUUACAAAAAUUGGCGCCUUUUCAAGUUUUCGUCAAUACUUCUGUCAUUCAAGACAAGACAUUGACUAUUUAUAUUGAUUUAUAUUAACUUCGGAAAAUUCAAACUUGAAAAAGCGCCAAAUUUUGUAACCAGGCCUGCGUCGAACGUCGACCGUCGAACGCCGUUCGGAAGCGAAAAAAAAAGCGGAGUGCACAUAUCAGUGAAAUGCGUAGUAAUAGCAUGUAGGAUGGCAACGUGACGAGGACGGCCAAAAAAACUCCUUCAAAUAAAAAAGUCGUCGUGUAUUAUUCGUUGCAUAAGACCGUCAGUGAGAGGUUUAUAGUUAAGAGGACUUCUGUACUAAGCCAAAUUGUCGAGUGCCACUUCUCGCGCGGCUUCAAACGCCGACGUUUUAUGCAAGACGUAAAAGUCUUUGGUUCGCGUUUGUAAAUAGGGAGCUUAAGCAUGUAUAGGACGGCAACACGACGACGACGGCAACCAAUACAAUGACUCAAUGAAAAGAAAUAAAUCAUUGAAGUCCCAGGGGAGUUUCAGACGUGGUCGUCGCUCUGUUGACAACCGCAAAGCACAGAUUUUCACGUCUUUUAUACAACGCCUGAAUUUUUUCAAGCCGUAAUAAGUGCAACUUAAAAUUCGGUUCAGUAGAACUCUUCCCAAACAUAAAGCCAAUGUUUUCAACUUCUUAUACUGUAUUAAUUUCAUACGAAUUAUAAUAUACGACAAGGUUUCUUUACUAUCAUUUAUUUGAAGGAAUUUGUUUUGGCCGUCGUCGUCGUGUUGCCGUCCUACAUGCUUAAGCUCCCUAAUAGAGCGACGACGACGUCUAGAACUCCCGAUGGAUUUGUAAUUAUUCAUUUCUUUUCUACACUGUCAUGUUCAUUGUAUUAAUUGCCGUCCUCCCAGCUGAAGGUCCCUAAAGCCUGGUUUCCAUAUGGUCGUAUAGAUUGAGUCACGAUCUUUCUCAUCAGCCGAAAUACAGCAUUUUAGAACUGAAAAUACGCGGAGUGAUUGUAACUAGAGAAUAUUUAUGAUUUAUAUGUGAUAGUGAUAGUGAACUUUAUUUAGGCACCGAGGCCUGUCAUCGAAAAUAUGAUGAUCUUCCCUAGCCUGCGAACAGGCUCUCAAGCUGAAUUGAGAGCCUGCAUCGAUGACUAAUGAAUUUGAAUAUCUGCGCCUCAAAUCGUGACGCGAAAUUCUCAUUGGUCAGAUGCUAUAAUUUAUAUUAUUCCGCUGAGCUCUAUAUAUGUCAACUGUGCUAAGCACUAUGCAUAAAAUACACAUUAACUGAUCAAAUUGGUCUUGGCCAUCUUAUCUCAAAGCACGAAAUGUUCUGUUUUGAGAAAACAGUACUUAAAACAUUUAAACUUUUGCUUCAAUAUCUUAUAUUUCGAAAAACAGUAUAAACUGUACGGUCUAUAUUUAGUUUGCACGGUCUAAAUUUAGUUUGCACGAAAGUUGUAAACAACACCAUAUAAGGAUAGACAUUCCAUAUUUGGAAAAAUGAACGUUACGGGGCAGAUAUUCAAAUUCAUUAGUCAUCGAUGCAGGCUCUCAAUUCAGCUUGAGAGCCUGUUCGCAGGCUAGAUCUUCCCAGGCGCCGUGACAUUUUAAAUGUUUAAAAUAUUUACAAGGAGAAUGAGAAAUUAAAGCUAUUUAUAAUAUAGCAUUUGUAAAUUCUGAACGCUGAUUGGAUAAGAGCCGUGUUGAUAUAACUCAAUGUCAACACGGAAACGUCGGAAAAUUUCUUUCUUUAUAUUUCUUCGUGCUAUAUUAUAAAACAAAUAUAAAACAUUUUUUCCUGUAUUGACAUAUACUUAUAUCAACACUCGUGGAAAUUGGGAAAACUUGAAAUUGUGUGAAAACACUCCGCCCUUCGGGCGUCACAAUUUUUCGUUUUCCCAAUUUCCACUCGUGUUGAUAUAACUGUAUAUCAACACGGACAAUGUUUUAUGUUUGUUAAAUACAUAACAAAUUAAUUUUACAGUUUAGAGUAUUUUUAGGGAAGUGGAAUUCCUAAUUUUAAUUGGUAUUGAAUUCCAUACCACUGCUCUGUUAUAUUCGAGACUAUUUUUCAAAAAAUUGGUGUUUGGUUUAGGGAUAACAAAAUUGUAGUCAUGACCUCGUGUACCAUGACUGUGGUUUACAUGUUUAAACUAUUAUAAACUGGCCAUUGAGAACAAAUCAUGACUCUAUUUUUACGACUGCCAUUACGUCUUACGACCAUAUGGAAACCAGGCUUCAAGCCUGCCGCACACGAGGGCAACUUGCUGAGCUAACCGCCUCGAGUGGCAUCUAGCUCAGCUAUGCAUUUUCACCGCACACGUUGGGAAAACUAUACUCAACAACGAUAUGAUUGACAAAAUCAUUUGCAUUUUCCUCCAUUUUCUUCCAAGUCACGUGAAGAAACUAUGGUAUCUCAUUGGCUAAUUGAUUCAAACAACUCAGCACUAAGCUCACAACAUCCGCAGACGCUGAGAUUUUUUCCUCGCGAGGUGAAUAAUAUCAAACACGAUAGAUAUAUUUUCCUCAAGGCCACGAGAGGUAAAAUCCUCACGCACACGAAAGAAACUUGCUGAGCUACUGUAGCUGCCACGGGAGGCGGUUAGUUCAGCAAGUUGCUCUCGUGUAUGGCAGGCUUAGCACGUAGCUGAGACGGGAAGAAUUAGUAUAUGCGUAUGAAUGUAUUCGACGUGCUGUUCAAUCAUCAUUUGGAUAUGCAAAAAUUUACUCAAAAGGCAAUAAUUUCAAUGAUUGUGGCAAUAAACCAAAGAAAACUGAUUUGCAUUACUGUCUUUAACAUCAAUUUCGGAAGCCUUAACACCCAAAAACACAUUAAAGAUGAAUUUGUUUUCGAAGAAUAUAUAUUGCAUUUUAUUAACUAAAUUUCACAAAUAUGUGGAAUUCCCAAUCCCAUGACGAGAGGCUUCGGUAUAUAAUAUCACAAUAGUUGUAAAGAUAAAUAGUCUAGACUCAAAGUAAGUAAGCGUGAAACUUCAUGUAAUCGAUCACUGAAAAGCUCCGAUGGGAAAUGAGCUGAAUAGUGCGUCUUCAACUUAGACAUUAAAAAGUUGUUCUUUCCUCUGUUUUAGACACGGCAGAUAAUAUUGGCGAUUCUCUGACGUACAACGCAAAAAACUCUACCAAAGAGGUGAAGUAAUUAGUAUUAGUAACUAUUAAUUUAAAACAAUUUGUAUUAGAGCUGCUGCCUUGUAAACAAAACGUAUUUACAAGCUUUUAGAAAUUUUAUUCAUUAGAAAUAACGUUGAAGAAUACCUGUCGACACUGUUGAACAAGACUUUGUGUCUUUCUUGGGCUCUCAAUCCUAGUCGCAAGAGGGUGCGAAUUUGCGAUCCUUGAAAUCCUAUAUACAUAGUUCAAAAUCUCGUUCCUCCUUUCCCCUUUUUAAGAUCCUCUCCCAACCAUAUAUAUAAUAUGAAAUCAAUGCAUAACAUUCCUCUCUCUUAAAUAUUCCUUCCUUAUAUUUCUCUUAAUGUAGUUCACUUUAUACUGGGAAGCUCCUGGUCGUCCUAAUGGCGCAGUUUUGAGAUAUGAGAUCUGGAUUCAGUAUCCUAAAAUUAGAGAAAAUGAAACGGUAUGUGUAGGAUUUGGUGUGCAACCAAUCUCCAGCGGUACAUACAUGGCGCACUGAAAUGAUGUAAGCCGUAUUGGAUAGAAUUAGAGCUGGAAACAAGCAAAAUCCUUUGUUAAAUGUAUCCAAUAUGGCGGCGACAAUGUGACAUGCAUGCACGAGGAGGAUGCUGUUGUACAUCCACAGUGCUAAAAUUAACGUGAUUGGCUAAUUUGUGGUGACAUGGAUUUACGUACCAUAGGCCCUUCCUGCUAGAGGGCCCAUAGUUCCAUUUUUCGUAGCCGCUUUAGGUUAGGUCUUGUUAUAACUCUUUGACGAGAACGAGGUUGCAUAGCCAAGACUGAUCACAUUUCGGAAGAAGGAAGCAGCUCAACCUGAUCGAGUCGCAGGCUUCCCAACGUAGGGGCUAAUCCCCACCCUAACUGGAGAAACAUUUUCGUCGUUUCCCUUGGUUGAACAGAAUUUCGUAGACAUUCUGUACACUGGUUUCCGAACAUCUUUUUCUUUACACCUCCAGAAGCAUUAGCUUUGGUAUAAGUUAGGUGCUGUUUAAACGGUCCCUCUUUGCCGAGACGAGAUGUGUAAUUUUGAUGCAUUGAAAUAUAAAGUCGCGGUGCACGAUUCAGAAAAAUUGCAUUAUAGCAGUAAUAGGGAAUUUAAGAUCUUGACGACGAAAUAGUUUUUGUUAUGUGUAUGCAAAUACUAAAUGCUUGUCAUAACAAAUUCAUACCAAAUAUUUUUAUGUGCAUGGCUUUGUGUUCAGUAAAUUUCGUCUUUUAACUUUCAUCAUUUCUUUAUAAAAAUACUGUCCAACCAGCAACGGCGCGUAGUCAGUUUCGGUGCUAUCUUCUUGAUUCUGUUUUACAACACAAGAAUAUGGUUUUUACGCUGUAGCAAAAGGUCGCUACAGUGAAAAGUAUGCUCUGGGGAUAAGUAUAUAUAUAUAUAUAUAUAUAUAUAUAUAUAUAUAUAUAUAUAUAUAUAUAUAUAUAUAUAUAUAUAUAUAUAUAUAUAUAUAUAUAUAUAUAUAUAUAUAUAUAUAUAUAUAUAGAUGUGUACCAAGCUGCACUGACGAGGCGUAGAACGCCGAAACAUGCAUGUCUGCAGAUUAUAUAUAUGUAUAUAUAUAUAUAUAUAUAUAUAUAUAUAUAUAUAUAUAUAUAUAUAUAUAUAUAUAUAUAUAUAUAUAUAUAUAUAUAUAUAUAUAUAUAUAUAUAUAUAUUAGUACAAUCUAUUUGUGAAUAUUGUAAAUGUACACUGUCGACAUUUUAGGUCUGGUUGAAUGACUUCUGUAUCGUUACCUAGGAAACUGCGACGAAAUGUGCUUCGUCAUCAAAGACAGAAUAUGAAGAUCGUGGAGCAUCAUCUGGGAACUACGCUGCAAGAGUGCGGACAAUAACUCCUGUGGGGAAUGGUUCUUGGAGUAAUAUAGUCACUUUCAAAUUUACAGAACCGUUGCGACCACCAGGUGGGUUGGAUGAUUCGUAUAUCGUAUAGAAAUAUCUCAUGGGACCCCUCCCCCUUUAUUGUGCUCUUAUGCGGCACGCCUAAAUAUGUAGAAGUACAUGCCCCCUCAGACAUAUAUAGAUGAUGGGAUUCUAGUCUUCGUUUAUGUGAAUGUUGGACUACAGUGAAUAUAUAAAACAACUUCAGCCCGGGCUGAAAACUCUUCAUGUAAUCAUUCCCGUCCAUUUUUAUCAGCAGUAUCUUUUGACUGUUGGUACAUGUAAGUACAGUACAGUUAUAUUAUGUGGCUUAAAUUCCUCGUUCUUAUUUGACGAUAUGCGUAAUGACAUCACAAGGCUUGAUGCCCGCGAGGAAUGCUUGUCUUGGUAGUCACCGCCCGGGAAAAUUAAACAAUUCAAAAUGGGCACUAUCGAAAUUUUCCCGGGCGAUGACUACUAAGACCAACAUUCCUUGCGGACAUCAAAACUUGUGACGUUAUUAUGCAUAAGGUCUAUUGCUAAUAGGCUCAUGCGCAAUUUCAUAAUUAUUAUAGAAAUACAAUCUGCCAAUGAAGAUGUCAAUUUAGUGACAGUGAUUGGUGUUAGCAUUGCAGCGGUUUUAGUGGCUGUCGUUAUUUUUGCCAUUCUAACGUAUUCCUUUAUACAAAGGUAUGACUAGCAAUUUUUCAUUACCUGUAAAAGGGAGGGGGGAUGCAGGGUUUGGAAAAUAUUGUUUCGUAAUGAUGGGGCAGGGUACUUAAAAAAGGUGGAUUGAUUUAAAAAAGGGGCGUGUGCAGAACUUUAAUGAAGAUCGCUGAGCAAGGCGAUCAAAGUCCAGAAAAUGAAGGUGGAUUUUCAGGGGGUUUUAGAUGAUACAUACAGUAAACUUUAGUAAUUCCAGUUUGAAAGUGGUGAAUGUUGGUGGUUAGGAGGGGACAGGGUAUUUUAUAAAAUUGGGGAUAAUAGCCAUUUCCUAACUAUGAAUAAUAGCAAGGUUAAGUCUAUUGUAGGUUUGCCUUAAUACCGACUAAGACUUAGAUUACUCCGAUGUUCCAAGUGAACCCUAUAAUUAUCAGUUUAGUCACAAUGGAAUUUUCUAGUGUGAAGUUAUUCACAUACUGAUAACAAACUAGAAAAUACAUGCAUGCAGAAACCCUUGCCUUGCUGACAAAACCGUUGUAUUUUCCGAACAUGAAGUAUCUGAAGUAGUUGUCAUGGUAACACGAUAAUUUUUUAAGAAUAUUCUUACAAAUGAAAAUCGCCUAAAAAUAUCACUUUUAAUUACAAAAUUAUCAAUUUCCCAACAUAUUUAUGUUAGGUAUGUAAUUAUACGUAAUACAAGCUUCAAUUUAAGGUAAAAUUCAACCACAAACAAUUCACAAAACGUUUUAAAGUGUUGGCUUUAUCGAUAAACUUUGAGUUUGCAAUAAAAUGAUUUCAAAUUCUCGCUUGCAAGUAACUUUGCUUUAUUUUUUAUUUAAAAAAUUCAAUAUAAUAAAAAAGGGAAUCAAUAUUAAAGAUACACUGAAAUUAUAUGCUGUCUUGUUUAGUUGUUUCAUAUACGCAAAGGCCGUCGGGUUUUAAAGCCCUCGUUAAAGCCAUUAUAAAAUCAAUAUUUAAAACAAACUUACCUUCGUUAACGUCGGCUCCCUUCUUUUAGCUGAUUCUUUCGCCCUUUCUUUCUUGAAAUUUACAAAAUCUUGCAGAAAUACGAGCAAAAAUGAAGAAUAUUUGCAAGAAAUUUAUCAAUCAUCAACUCAUCAAAUCAAGAAAUGUUUGCUAUUUCGCUGUCGUCAUGCAGCCGUUAUAAUGCAAACUUUAAAUUGGACCAAUCAGUGUCCGUUAUUCAUGAUAGUCCGCCAUAUUUUUGAGAUCAGUGAGGAUGACAACCCAUCGUUGGUGACCGACGCCCGCGCUCAUUGAUGAACUUUAGACUUCCCUAAUGCUUUCGUUUCUCCGGGUGUAAAUAGCCGGGGGGAAUUAGUACCCUCGCACGGCGCUUCGCGCCGCCGGCUCGGGGAUAAGAGCUACGGUAUGUUUAAUUUAUUUACAGGCAUAAGAAAAGUGGAAGUGUAGCAGGAGUUCUUUUCUCUUCAACUAAUCCUGAGUAUUGGAAUUGCUCAGAUGGUGAGCAGCAGUUUUACCUAUUACCAACAUUAGUGUAUUACGUAGCAAUAAACUACUGGCGUGUUCUCUGAUUGGUUCGAGCAUAUUUACAUUUGAACAUGAAAGCACACAAUUUGCAGAUAAUACAGAUAUUGUAAUUGAGUUAAAGUUUGUUACAUUGAAACAAGCUUGUUAUACUUAUUGAGAAGUUAGUAAAAAAAUAUUAAGGAUUAAGCAUUUCAAUAUAGGUGAUUCCAGAUAUAGACUAAGUUUUGAUCUAGACAAGAAGAACGAAAUCCAACACCACUCCUAGAAAGAACAUCUUAGAAUGAGUAAAACUGCAAAGUUUGGUUGCUAAAUGUUGUAAAAUGAAGAAAAUAUAGCCCCGUGAAGUUCCCAAAUUUUGUAUAUAUUUGUAUUACGCGCAGUAAAAGUAACCACUUUCGGCUCAAAAAUUGUUAUUUUUCACGCGCGUGAUACAAAUAUAUACAAAAUUUGCGAACUUCACAGUGCUAUAUUUUCCUCAUUUUACAACAAUUCGGAACCAAACUUUGCAAUUUUACUCAUUUUAAGAUGUUCUCUCCAGCUAUGGUAAUGGAAUAGCAUCGGUAUAUCGGCAUCUUUUAUUUGAAGUUAAGUCCUUUCUUCAAAAAACACUCAUUGAGGAAUAACUGGAACUUUAAAUACUGGAACUUUCCAUGUUUAUCAUGUUUCCUCCUCCACGCCUUCACCCUCACAUAUGGUCACCCCUCCUUUAAGAGCCCCCCUUGUUAUCUUUUCAGUUCUACACGACUGUAUGGAGGGCAAAAUUGGCAAAUAGUUAUGUAUUUAUCUACACACACACACACAAACACAAACACACUCAAAAUAGUUUGUGGAUGCGUCCUCUCAUUCCUCCCCCCCCCUAGGAUUGACGCGACUUAACCUUAUAGCGAUUUUAUUUGAAACGUUUAGUGUACGUGCCAGACGAGUGGGAAGUACCACGACAUAACGUCACUCUGAUACGUGAGCUUGGUAAUGGCUCAUUCGGCAUGGUGUGGGAAGGAGAAGCUGUUGGGAUUUUGCCUGGCGUUGACUGCUGUAAAGUAGCUGUAAAGGUAAGAAUAAAAUCAUGCAAAAUUAGUGGCUUGAUUUAAUCACCCGUCAUUGCUGGCUGUGACUGCACGACCUAAUCUAAAGCUGUUUCAGAACUUUUUAAGGUUACUCCACAUGAUGAAAGUCCAUUUCAGGAAAAUGCUCGCCGCGCACUAAUUUUUUAAGUUUUCUCCCUCAAAUUUGGCAUUCACAACGAUAAAUCAUUGGUGCUGCUACUACUUUAACAAAAAAUAUACAUUUUUAAAAACUAUGGUUGCUACGAGCUGCUUUUGAAAAUAUGACGCACUUCGCAAGCCUAUAAUUUGAAAACUAAAGCGUUAAUUAAAAGAAAAACGCGAACACGGUUUUGCUCCUCUGUUAUAUUGUUCUACAUCGUGGCAAAGUUUGGUAGCAAUUGAAUAAAACGUGCCCGUUCCAUAACUCUUUUCGUGAGGACAACCGGACUGAUGAUUCCUUCUCUGUAAAAGACAAAAAGUGAUUUCGCGGAGUUUUUCCGUUCUCUGUUAUGUUUCUCCGCCCCCUGUCAUCACUUCAAACUGUAAGCCAAUCAGGUUCGACCACGGGCUUUAGGACAAAUUCAAUUCGACAACAAUAGUAUUCUAUCUAAAUAGCAGUUAAAAUAAAGUGUACGGCACCUGAAUUGUUUAAUAUCUUGCUUCUAUGCAAAUACUGUAUAUUUUCAAAAUCCGCCAUAUUUAUUUACAUUAGAACCCAAGCUUUCGCGGUUCACACGAAAUAUUAACGUCGGUGAUUUUCACUAAUAAUAAGAGGGUAGGAUUAAAGUGGGCGUUGUCACUCGCUAACCCAAUCAGCUGUCUGGGUUCUGUACCACGUGACCUGUUCAAAUCGUUCCGAGCGGUAGAAAUGUUAUGACAUCAUAACGACUUCGAUAAACUGAUUUUGGGGACACGUUUGUGCCAUAUAAGGAAGUUGGGGACACGUUUGUGCCAUAUAUGGAAGUGAUGCUUUCCUCGCGCUUCGAACGAUUAAAUAAUUGGAUGAUCCUACCCUCUUAUUAUUAGUGAAAAUCACUGAAAAUUGGUUAAAAUAACUAAGUUGAAUUGGUUGUCUCAGAUACAUUUUCUUUUGAUCAAUAUUAUUUGAUCAAUCUUUGCCCAAGCGGUUUGUGUAACGUUUUGACGGCACUUGAUCCAGUCAUUAGUUCGAAAGGUUAUUUUGUGAGGAUUUCAAUGGUGGCUUUUAUUUAAAAGGGGGUUAACUACUCGCCGAUAUAUUUACAUUAGAAAAAUUCGGUCGUAAUGUAAUGCGAAGCUGGGUGAUCGAGAAAGAGUUAAAUUAAAAAUCAGAUUAAUAGACUACAACUUGCACUAAUUAUAAAUGCUGCUGCUCGUUUGUUACUUGUAUACUCGUAAAUAUGAUCAGUGGCGUAGCCAGCCCGACAAUUUGGUCCCGCUAUGCAAAUUCAAAGUUAUUAUCAUUAUUCAUUUCUUUAGAAAUUGAUUGUUUUCACAGUCAAUGAACACAAAAAUAUUUGCAUAGCGGGACUAAAUCGUCGGGUUACUGAAUAUGAUCCUGUUCAAUGUAAAACUACACUGGUUACCUGAAUCCUAAUGUUAAAUCAUGCAUGCAUGUAUUUCUAGUUGCUAGUUUAUCUUGAAACACUUGAUGGUUUAGCUCCUAGUUACAAAUCUGUUCUUCAACUAGAUUAUGCAACGAAUGCUAGGUCCGCUUGCUGCGAUCCAGGGGCGUAGGAAGCAUCAAAUGGUUGGGGGAGGGGGGCACCGGUUCGAUGGGCACUUCUCGUAAUGGCGACGGGGAAGUGGGAGGGGGGGGGGGAAGGAAGGAAAAAUAAAUGAAAUCAUAAUAAAUGCAAUCUGAAAAACAUUUUUCACGAAGGCAAAGGGCACUUUGCCACUGGAGAGAGGGCAUUUUGCCACCGGAGAGAUGGCACUUUUUGUGUAUUCUGAAAACUUGGGGGCUUGCCCCCCUCCCCCGGUUCCUAAGCCCUUGCUCCGAUCUUAAUUGCACACAAGAACUGCUUACUAAUCCUCAGUCAAGAGCAGUAACAUGUGGGGACAGCUCGUUCUGGAACAAGAUGCAUCUCCAAAUACGGAAGGCGCUUAACGUCACCAUUCUUGAAGGCCAGCUAAAAAAUACUUAUGCAUUUAAACUGGCGUACUCUAACUCUUAGAUUAUUUCCUUGCGAUUAUUUUUAAUUAUAUAUUGAAUAUGUAUGUGAAGUGUUUCAUGACUCUCUUCCAAAACAUCGUUCGUAUGAUCUCGAAAAUUUCAAAAACGGGCUUGCAGGAUGAUUUUUCUUGAACAUCGGUAUGAAGGUGCACUUAAUGAACUAGGUCUUAUAUCGCUGUUUGGACAAAAAGACCACGAUUUGUGGUUAUUUGAAGAAAAAAAAAGUGGUUAUACAUUACCAAUUAACAAUGUAUUACGUCAUUGAAAUUUAGCAAAAUUUAAACUCGAACAAUGUAAACGUGUACAUAUAUUCUCGCUUUUUUACAGACUGUAAGUGAUAACAGUUCCAUUCGUGACAAGGUCGAGUUUUUAAAAGAAGCAUCAAUAAUGAAGUAA